UUUAACUGAGGGUUACACACACUUCUCACUGCACUUUUUCCCACAAACUGCGUGUCACAUUACCAUUUUUCUCUUCCGCUCUCUUGUAUGUUCUCAUUUCUCCUCCUCUGCUACUGUGCAGAAGAGAACAGCUGCUCGCAAAUCUACAUUAACCUACUUUACUAACAAAGCAGUCAGCACACACUCAGCUCAACUCUCCUUAUCUGAACAGAAAUGUUUAGGUCAAAAAACAUCCUUUGGAUCACCUUUGCUUUUUGUGUAACCACAGGAAGUUGUGAAGAUGUUUAUCAGCAAAGUGGAACUGAUGUAAAAAUGGACUGCCCUAGUGCGAAGCCAAAUGCCGAAAUAGAGUGGAAACUCAACAACGUCCUGGUGCUAGGCAUAUCCACGACAGGACGAGAACGCAAAGGCAGUUUACACGUUAGUCAGAGGGCACGGAUAGAAAAAACCUCAUUGAAAAUUACGGCAGUGAAGAGCGAAGACUCUGGAGUCUACACAUGCAGCACAACUACGCACAAACUGUAUGUGGUGUCAGCCCAUGCGAACCCUUCUUCAGUGCUGUACUCCACUGGCACAAACCUGAACUGUGAUGUUACUAAAGACUUUAAAGGAACAAUUUGUUGGACAGCACCAGAUUCUAAAUCGUAUAGCCAAAGUAUGACUGUGGUGGAAUCUGUGACCUCGGAUAAUGCUGGCCUCUGGACCUGCCAUAUCACAGAUGUAAAUGGGGAAGAAGUGUUCAAGUUAAAUGUGAAAAUCACUGUUGUUGGUCCUCUGAACACCACAGAGGAAGUUACAACUUAUGAAGGGGGCAUUGCAGAGCUCCCGUGUUUUCUACCUGCCCCGAGCACACUGCCCAUAACGGGGGGCUCGUGGACAAGUGAGACUGCCUCUCACAUCAGCUUCCCUGCAUUAAUGAGAACAAACAGCGAUGUUAAGUGGAACAGCACUGGUGUCAGCACUGAUAAAGUCACCGUCCGUGACGAGCAGCUGAAUAAAUACUUUAAUGUGACACUGAAAAGGGUGAAUGCUGAUGAUGCUGGUGUGUAUGUGUGCAGUCUGGUGUUUGAAGGUGGAAAAUCUCUGAGUGCUAAGCUGAAAUUGACGGUUUUAAAAACUACUCCUACUCCUGAUAACGGUUCUGGAGAUUCUAACGUAACAUGGUACACGCCUGUGAGCGGUGUACCAUUGUGGGUCUGGGUUGCCGUGGCAGUGUCUACUGUUUUCUUGGUUGUCAUCAUUAUACUGAUUUACUGCAGGAACAAACGGAUGAAGAGGAAGAUGAAGAAACUGAAGUCUAAGCAGCUGUCUCUCAAAUCCAGGGUUUACUGCACGUGUGGCAGAGCAGACAACAGUAGGGUACAGGGAAAAGAGAGUACGCGUACAGGGAAAAGAGAGCGGCCUCCUUCUCUUCCCAGGCACCAGUACAGCUACUUAAACGAAUAAUGGGUCAAAGUGUCAAGGAGUGGAGGACAAUAAUACAGGAGAUCUGCAGAUCUACCAGGAAAAUGCUGAUCAUAGCUUGUUUAUUUUCAUUCUUAUAUCAUCUUUUAUUCCUUGUUUAAAAUAAUAUGGAAACAUUUUAAUAAUCAAAAAUAAGCACAUCCUUUUCUGAGUUUUCUUGUGUCUGUAAUUUGUAAAUAAUAUCCUAUCCUGAAAAUGUUUUUAUGAACUUUUAGGGAUACAUAAUUAGAGGAAUUUUACAUUUGCUGAAUUUGUUUUAAUGUAUAUUCAAGAGUUUCUUUCUUCUACCUUAAUUAAACAUUGCAAUAAAACCUGUGUAUAAGCA